GCUUAUGUCAUAAAAAUUUAUAGACGUCAUGCAAUUUCUAGUGUUGAUUGUCGCCGUGUUAUUUCUGCAAGAAAGUUUUAUAAAAGCAGAAAGUAUAGGGUUCCAAUCGUCAAGUGAAAGAGUUGCAGCACCAAAGAGUCCAAUAGAGGUAUUUCAGUCUCAAGGCUUGACCACUUUUCUUAAAGCUGUCAACGAGACAGGACUAGGCCCCCUUUUCGAGGGAAUAAAUGAUAAUUUUACAAUUUUCGCUCCAACCAAUGAGGCUUUUCAGGACCUAAAUAACGUUUCAACCAUAUUUGCCAAUUCAGGAACCCUAGAAACCUUGAUUCUGUAUCAAGUUGUGCCUGGAGCUUUGACUACAAGCGAUAUUGUCUCCCAGUUUGAGAAAGAAGGAGUAGGUACCCUGAACUCUGUUAACAACCUGGAAAUUCUAGUUUUUGUUCGCCCCAACGGAACUAUAUUGUUAGGUACUGAUGAGGCUUCCCUUGUAACUACAAACUUGUCUGCAGGGAAUUCGGUUAUUCAGGUCAUUAGUCGAGUUCUUGUUCCUCCAGUUACUAACUUUCUUCUUGGACCAACGGUCAUUCCAACAGCACCAAGUGCGCCUACUUCUGCUGACGCCGGAGUGAGCACAACUUCCAUUUCUUCCAGUUUGCCACAGACCACUUUUGCUUAGUGACGUCUGUUGCGUUCAUCUUGUUCAAUAAAUGUGUCUCUUUCUUGUUCAGAGUUUCUGUUGUUUUUU